CCGGCCAGCCGCCGCUGCCGCUGCUACGCCAUUUUUGGAUCCCCCGUCCUCACCCCCUGUCCGCCAGCAGCCGCAGACCUCGCGAUCUCAUCUCGCCGUCGCCUGGAUUGCCAGUUGCAGCGCCCGUUUGGCAGGAGCCUAGAAACACCUAUCUGGGCCCGAAGGAUCCCUCUGAAAUCUGAAUCCACGAUAGCGACAUGAAUUUUGUGUAAUUUUCCUCCAAUUGGGAAAGGGGCGUGCAGCUUCCUCUGUUUUCUUUCGUUUUCAGCCGUUCCUGCGCGUCUGCUCUUGUCCCAUUCAAUCGGCGUCGGCAUGCCCACCGGAGGAGACGCCGGGGGUGGUGGUGGUGGUGGUGGGGAGAAGGAAAGGAGGAAGAAGGUGGAGCUGCUGCAGGAGGCCAUUCAUGGGCUCCUGGAGGAGAAAAGGGGCAAGCAGCGACACCAAGGGGAAGAGGGCGCCAUGGAUCAUGAGGAGGAUCUCUUCCUCUCCUCGUUGCUCUCCAAGUUGGACUCGCUGGAAAACGAUGUCGAUCCGGACGGUGCCGAACCGAGCUCCAUCAAUCCUCACCCGGAGAGCGGCGAGGAGGCGGGGCCAGGCGACGUGGCGAAAGACCUGGGCAAGAUCAAGAGGCAGAACAUGAUCACCCACAUCCUGCUCGGCACGGUGAUGGUGAUGAUCGCCGCGUGGCAGUUCAACGAGGUGUCGUUCCUCCUCGCGGUGCAGAAGAAGCUGACCAACCCUUUCAAGUCCGUCGGGGACAUGGUCAAGAGCACCCUCAAGAUAGGGAAGAAGCCGAUGGCCGAGGCGAUCGAGGCGUCGCCUCUGCCCCCUGUCGGCGCCCCGGACGUUGCUCGGGCUGAUCUGCCGAUGCUGGCCAUCGGCGACGGCGAUAGCUAGAUCCGCAGGAUGAGGAGGGAUGACUCGUGCGGCAGAAAUGCCAUGUGUUCUUCCCUCCAGAUAUUGUUAUGUUGUUCGUCUUGUCUAGAGAUGAGAUUUGUAUGGCCAUGUGCCGGUGCAUGUGUUCUGGGCUGGUGCCGCAAGUAGGAGAAACUGAAUCUAAUUCGGCAUCUUAUGAUCUUUGCACCAUUUGUUACUGGAGUCGACCAUCAUCACCUGAAGAAUGCCUGGGACGGUUGAACCAUCUCUUAGAAACAGCCCUGUAUUUCAGACAAGGGUGAAGUGGAGGAAUGUGUUUGAUUGAUUUCCAUGUGUAGUUUCAGCAAACUCUUUGUACUACUACUGAAGCAAGCGUGUCUGUAGCUGAGCUGAUGCCUGCAGUUACACUUCAUUUC